UCCUCACUAACCUCCUAACUAACCUCACUAUCCUCUGCUUUCCAAUAUCGAUCCUCAGCAGUUCGCUGGAGGUCUUCACAGUACACGUUCAUAUACAGAUAUACAGGAGUUGGAGAUGAGCACCUAUUCCCGGCGGGAAGAGAUUCCUCCUGGAUACGGAGCUGGACAUAGUCAGGUUCCUCCUAGAUAUGAUGGACGGGGAGACUCUCCUCCAGUAUACGGAGGUGUUCAUUAUCCGUCCUUUCCUAUCCUAGAUCCUACCAGAGUUCGUGGACUAGCUCCAGGACUUGUAGAUCCUAGACUAGUAGAUCCUCGGCUAGUAGAUCCCCGACUUGUAGAUCCUCGACUUGUAGAUCCUCGACUUGUAGAUCCUCGACUACUUGGAGGAGGACGUGGACAGCCUCCAGUUCGACCUCGUAGUGCUCGACGACGACAAGUAGAAGAGGUCGAAGACAACGAGGCUGAUGGUGGAUAUGGAUUUGGUAGAGGGAAAACUAUAGUUGUCUUUGCUAUAAUGGUUGGUUGCUUUGCUGUUCUCUGGCCUAAAAUAUUCUAUCCUAUGCUGUUUGGAGGAACACCAGCAGAUAAUGCUAUCUAUGAUGAAGCUCUAGCGAGGUUGCCGUGUUGUUUACAAAGUAGUUCAUCUUUACACCACAAGAUGGAGUUAAACGCAAGAUCAAAUAUUCUUCUCAAAAAAGAGUUUCAAGAGCGUCCUGGUCCCGGGUUUCCUAAAUCUGGUCCUAUCCACGCCGCUAUGCAGGAGAGAGGUAGACUAGGAGCUCAUCCUGGUACCGGUCCAACGGCGGGCAUACCGCCGCCACCGCCGGUCAGAACCGUCGAGAAGGAAUGGAGAGAUAGGGGUGGACCCAUGCCUGGUAUGAGACCAAAUAUGCCAGGGCUAGGUGUACAAGCACAACAACCUAAGGGUGGAGGAUCUAUGGGCGUGAUAAUGCCUAUUUACACUGUAGGAAUCAUCAUUUUCUUCAUGUAUACAACAAUGAAGAUAAUGUUCAAGAAUAAGAAUGAGGAUGAGGAUGAAGAAGAGGAGAGUACUGAACCUAAUCCUAAACUGCAUGAGGAACCAUAUUCCAACUCUAGGUAUCCUGAGAACGGUCGUUUACCUUCUUAUCCUGUUCCAGACCAACCUCCUCCCUAUCCAUACCCUACUAAUGGUUCACCUCUGGGUAGUCCUCCAGGUUAUACUCCUGGAGUACCUGAAGUACCCGGAGUAACUGAACCAACCGGAGUUCCGGGACUGGAUCGGAAGAAGAGGGUUGAGUUCGCAGAACCGCUAAUCCAAGAUGAAGAGACGGUACCCGGAGCUAAAACUGAACCUGAACCUAAGAUAAAGGAACCUGUAUCUAGUAAAGGAUCCAAGGAAGGAUAUAUUGGUUCCAUAUUUCCCAGAUUAACAGGAUCUUCGCAAACACCGGAGGUGGAUCCAAGAGAUCUUGAGAUCAGUCUCCUGAAGAAGAGGUUAGAAGAGACAGAGAAGGCGAUGGAGAGAAUAGUUCUCCAGAUGGGAGCUGUUACUAGCAGACUGUCUCCUCUCAUCCUGGCUCAGGCUAUGGAGGGACCCGGAGCCCAGUCUGGUUUUGGACAUCAAUGCAUUCAUUCUCAUCAUGUAGGAACUAAUUCCGAAAAACUAGAAGCUAAAGCUGAGUAUGUAGAAAGAGUAGAUCCUGUUGAUCCUGAAAAUAUUACCAAACCUGAAGAAAACCUCAUCAAUGAUAUUACUGAAGAUAAACUAGAACUGAAAGAACAUGAAACUGUAGAUAAGAAAGGCAAGGAUUCUAAGAAGAUUAAUGAUGAAGUUGAAGAUUCAGAUGAUAAUACUAAUGUUGUGAAUUCUAAUUCUGAAUCAAGUUCAGAUUCGGACGAUAAACUGAAAAAUAACAAUGAGAAAGAUAAAAUGCUGAAAGAGGUUGAAGAUAGUGAUUAAAAAUGCUCUUAAAGGGACUAUCCACGAUAUUUUUAAGUGACCCUCUAUUAACUGAGUGGCAUGUCCGAAUCCCAAUAUAUACCCUUUAAAGUCUUUUUCAGACCAGAGCAAGAUCUGUCCAUCAUUUUCUAUUUGAAUUUUUUUUUUUUUUUUUUUCUAUCGUGGGUUCUCUUGAAUAGUGACUUGCGCAUUUCUGCUUCAGACACACUAGAAGAUAUUGCCAAAAUUUAACACUUUUUAAGCUGAAAGAAAAACGACGUGUCUUCAAGAUAAUUGGUGAAGGGGUGCUGUUGUGAGUCGGGCAUGCUUCUAAUUUUUUAAAUGGAAAGUCACCUAGAGCAUACGAUGCCAUUGCCUUUAAUUUAAGUUAACCAAUUAGUCCCAAUAAUGUUGUUUUCAACCUAUAAAAUAAUCUUAUUAAAAUUUAUCUAAUUUAUAGAAUUAAAGGAGCUGUUAUUUAAAUAAGGUAUUAUUAAUAGCAGACGAUAUAUUAGCCGUAAAAAAAAAACCUUUAAAUGGUUGAAAACAACGUUGGCGUUGAUAAUUUAAAAGAUAAAAUACAGUAAUCGCCAGCAUAAAGGGAAACUGAAAGACGACUUAAAUAUCGAUCUAUGUUGUGUUAACUGUUUUCCUAAUUUCAAGUGACCCAUACGUUGAUAGAGUGUCAUGUACGAUUCCCAACAGGUACCCUUACACGUUUUGUAUGAUUAAGUAUGAAUUAGAUAUUUAUUUUUAAUGGAUUAUUCCAAUUUGCAUAGUUUCCCUACAAAAGUGAGUCGCGCAUUUCUUGCUGCAAAAAAAUGGAAAAUUUUCAGAAUUAAACACUGUCCAAGCCAAAAACAAGAGAACGACUAGUAUUCCCCAUUAUUGAUUCAGAUUAAGGUUUCAAGGGUACCGUUGUGAAUUGCACAUUCUCUCUGAAGAUGAAGGGUUCACUACUUUAAAUUCGAGAAACAAUUUCUUUGGUUUGAAAGUCGUAUUUUUAUUCCACAGAAAAUUGUUAUACAUGAGAAUUGUCGAAAAAUUUUAAAAUUGACAAAACUUGACCUAGAACCCUAGAAUAUAUGCAAUACACCUUGUAAGACCGGGAUAUUAAAAACCUGAUAAUUAUUUUUAUUUUAUAUAGUCUUGCCUUUCAUAUAUUUACCUUGUCGUGUUUUAUUUAUUUUGACCUUUUUGUAUAAAAAUAUAGAAUACAACCUU